CUCCGCUCGAGUCAUGUGAACGAGACGCGCGCCGGACCUGGGGCGCCAAAGGACGCGACGAGCUGCGGGAUCCCGGGCCGGGCGGUCGGAGGGAGAGAUGGAAGCGACUUUGGAGCAGCACUUGGAGGACACAAUGAAGAAUCCAUCCAUUGUUGGAGUCCUGUGCACAGAUUCACAAGGACUUAACCUGGGCUGCCGUGGGACCCUGUCAGAUGAGCACGCCGGGGUGAUCUCUGUUCUCGCCCAGCAAGCAGCCAAGCUAACCUCGGACCCCACUGAUAUCCCUGUGGUGUGUCUAGAGUCAGAUAAUGGGAACAUUAUGAUCCAGAAACACGAUGGCAUCACGGUGGCAGUGCACAAGAUGGCCUCUUGACGUGUCUCAUCAGUUCUCCAGCAGCCCGUCGGAGGGGCCAGAUCCUGCCUCUGUUAGUUAUCUUGUAGGAGCAUUGACGUUCCAGUAGUUAGGCCAUUUUUUAGUGUACAUUGGGUGCUUUCCUGUCAAUUUUAGAGUGAGUUGCUUUUUGACACUCAAGGACUGACUUAACCAAAUAUUACUAAGCAACGAUCAUGUUUUGAAGCAGCAGGUCCGGGUCACGUUGUACAUAGAACUUUGUUCAAUAAAUGUGGUCAGAGGAAAGUA